AAAUCGAGCGCUCACACUUCGCCUAGUUUUCCCCUACUUUAGAGAGAGAAACAUAGAGGGGAGGGAGCCACACUCCGCCAUUUUCCCACUCAAGCUAAGCUCACAUAGAGAGAGAGAGAGAGAGAGAGAGAGAGAGAGAGGGCGAGGAAGAUGGAGAGGAGCGCUCCGGUGCGGAACCCACACACCUCGACGGCGGAUCUGCUGACGUGGAAGGAGGCGCCGCCCGAGUCGGAGGCGGCGGCGGCGGGGGGGUCGCAGCGGCCGCAUCAGCCCUCGGAGGCGAUAAGGAAGGUGGUGUUCGGGGGCCAGGUGAGCGAGGAGGAGGCCGAGAGCUUGAACAAGAGGAAACCUUGUUCAGGUCACAAGUGGAAAGAAAUGACUGGUAGCGGCAUAUUUGCAGCAGGGAGUGCGGAUGGUACAGCAGAUUCUGAAAGUGCUUUCUCAACUCCUAAUAGCAGGAUGAGUUCACCAACUUAUCAGCAAACAAUUAGUGGUAUCAGCCAAAUCUCGUUCAGCACCGACGGGAGCAUUACCCCGAAGAAGCCAACCUCGGUGGCAGAGAUGGCAAAGCAGCGGGAACUAAGUGGAACUCUGCAAGUCGAGUCUGAGAGCUCGAUGAAAAGACAAAUAUCUGAUGCAAAGUGCAAGGAACUUGGUGGGCACGGCAUAUUUGGGCCCCCUACUGAAGAUUCUCCCCGGCAAUCAGCAGCAAGGGAUUUCAAGACGAAGGACGAGGGCGUUAGAGAACCUGCUCCUCGCAGUUUGCAUACAUCCGUGAAAGUUUCUAACCCGGCAGGAGGCCCGAGCAACUUCUUGAUUGGUGAGACCGAGGAGCCUGUGAUUAACAAAACCGCCAAGAAGAUCUACACUCAGAAGUUUUCGGAUCUCACCGGAAACAAUGUCUUCAAGGGAGACGCACCUCCCGGAUCAACGGAAAAGCCGCUGAGCGUGGCGAAGCUGAAGGAAAUGAGCGGCAGCGACAUCUUUGGUGAUGAAAAGUCUGCUUCCCGGGACUAUUUUGGCGGUGUACGGAAGCCUCCCGGUGGCGAAAGCAGCAUCACGCUAGUUUGAAUUGACAUUCUAAUUUCUGUGGCAGAGAUAUAACGUGAGGACCAUGAUCGGUGGUUUCAUCUUAUGUGAACUUUUUCUACACGAGUGAUUGGUCAUAUAUCUAGUUUUACAGCUGAAUGGAGUGUUAGUUAUCUACUCUGUUAUCAAACUUGAUUUGUUUUUCUUGGCUAUAGAUUGACAUUGCCACUCUCAA